AAUACGGGGGAAACGCGUUUCAGAGGGACAGCGAACAACAGCCGGUCGGUUCAGAAUUAGCAGUGCAUGUCAGAGCCGGAAUGGCGCGGUUGUUGACGUGUAGUAAAUGAGCGAGCAGCGUGUUAAAGGGGUUUUAAUCAGGCGCAGUAGUUUAUAGACAGUAUACGCAGAGUUAAUGACGCUUUAUUUAUUCAAGCACACCAACACAUUCAAAUAAAGGCGCCUGUAAAGAGUUUUUGUUGAAGAACAGGACAUUCGAUUACAGUGAGAUCUGUGGACAUGCCUUUAAAGUUGACCACUCAAGCGUACUGUAAGAUGCUGCUGCACGCCGCUAAAUAUCCUCACUGCGCAGUGAACGGGCUGCUGGUGGCCGAGAAACACAAGCGGAAGGACAGCACGAGAGACGCGGUGCUGUGUGUGGACUGUGUGCCGCUCUUCCACGGGGUUCUGGGACUAGCGCCCAUGCUGGAGGUGGCACUCACACUGAUUGACACAUGGUGCAAAGAGAACAAAUAUGUCAUCGCUGGCUAUUAUCAAGCAAAUGAGCGUAUUAAGGAGGCCAGACCAAACCAGGUGGCUGAGAAGGUCGCCGCCAGAAUAUCUGAAAACUUCAGUGAAGCCGCAAUGAUCAUGUUGGACAACAGCAGAUUCACAAUGGACUGCUUUGUACCUGUCCUGGUCAUCUAUGAUCACCAUGACAACAAGUGGAAGUGCAGAGAGCCAAGCACUGACUGCUUUGAGGACUGGGUGGAAGCGCAGAAGAUCACCUCUGCCCUUUUAGAGAAUAAAUCAUACGAGAACCUUGUAGACUUUGACAACCAUCUGGAUGACUUGAGAAAUGACUGGACCAACCCUGAGAUCAACAAAUCUGUGCUGCAUCUCUGCUGAAGUGUCCAGAGGUCCUGUUCACAAAAAGAACCAUUGGCGCCUAAAUGGGAUGCAUAUGUGAACUGUAUUGAGUACUUUAAGCGACCUGCUCUUUCUCACAGGGAAUAACAUACUAAACAGAAAGUAAACAGGACAUUAUAAGUGCUUUGUCCCCAUGUUUGAAAAGACAGAGUGACUUUGACUUAACCGAGUCUGAUGUCAGAAAGGUUUUAUACAUGUUUUCAUGUAGUAACUUGCAUCAUGUAGAUUAAUGUACAAUUUGGAUGCUACAUGUUAUUUUACUUAACUAGGCUAAUUAUAAUAAUUAUGCUUUGCCCCCCCCCCCCCCCCCAAGUAUUACAAAAUUGCAUAACUUAUUGGUAAAAGGAUUACAUUUGAACAACAGAUAUCGUCAUUUAAUUUCUUAAGUACUUAAAUGCUCAUGUUUUUCUUCAUUGUACAAAUUAAUUAUAAUUAAAAUUUCCCUAAGAGAUUGCUUUUAUGAAUGAAAAAGUUCAGUAAUAUUUGCUAAUGUUAGAUUAAUUGUUUUGUUUUUUGUGAAUAUAAAAUAGACCUUUAAGUAGGAGAACUUAAGUGAUUAAAAAGUUUUAUAAAAAUUCA